CAGGUGAUGUUGACCAAGCAAAUGGAACCAAGUUACUGGCAAAAGAUCAAAAUAAGUACAAGUCAAUGUUGGUCCGUGCUUAUUCAACUAUUUGGAUGAUUGGUGGCUUUAUAUUUGUUGUCUACAUGGGACAUCUCUAUAUAUGGGCCAUGAUUGUCAUAAUACAAAUAUUCAUGGCAAAAGAGUUGUUCAAUCUAUUAAGAAAAGCACACGAAGAUAAGCAGCUCCCAGGAUUUAGGCUAUUAAAUUGGCACAUCUUCUUCACAGCGAUGCUAUUUGUAUAUGGUCGCAUUCUUAGUCAACGGCUCGUCAAUACGGUUACAACAGACAAGUUUUGGUAYAAACUUGUGGGCAACCUUAUCAAAUAUCAUAUGGUUACCUGUUACUUCUUGUAUAUCGUAGGUUUUGUAUGGUUCAUUCUUUCACUAAAAAAGAAGAUGUACAAGUAUCAGUUUGGGCAAUAUGCGUGGACACACAUGAUCCUUAUUGUGGUUUUCACCCAGUCCUCCUUCACAGUUGCCAACAUUUUCGAAGGAAUUUUCUGGUUCCUUCUUCCAGCAUCACUGAUUGUCAUCAAUGAUAUUGCUGCCUACAUCUUUGGUUUCUUCUUUGGAAAAACUCCAUUAAUCCAGUUAUCCCCUAAAAAGACCUGGGAAGGAUUCAUUGGAGCAUCAGUCACAACGAUUAUAUCUGCCUUCGUGCUUGCUAGUUUUUUUGGUCGCUUCCAGUGGUUGACAUGCCCUAGAAAGGACUUAUCAACUGGUUGGCUUCAAUGUGAGCCUGACCCUCUAUUUAAGCCGGAGAGCUAUGCUUUACCUGGAGAGCUUCCUGAAUGGUUCCCAUGGACAGAGAUCCAAAUUCUGCCAGUGCAAUGGCAUGCAUUGGGUCUUGGACUUUUUGCUUCAAUCAUUGCCCCUUUUGGUGGCUUCUUUGCUAGUGGUUUCAAAAGAGCCUUCAAUAUCAAGGAUUUUGGGGAUAGUAUUCCUGGACAUGGUGGGAUGACAGACAGAAUGGAUUGUCAGAUGGUGAUGGCCGUGUUUGCAUACAUCUAUCACCAGUCGUUUAUCGUGGCUCAAAGCGUAUCCCUUGGGAUGAUAUUAGACCAGAUUGUAAUGAAUCUCUCGUAUGAGGAACAACGAGAACUAUACUGGAAACUUGGUCAGAUCAUUCAGGACCGUCAGUUUGGUGAAUCCUGAAGAACACGAAACUUGGAUUAAGAUAGAUGUGUUGUGAAGUGGAUCUGGGUUCGUUGGUUAAAAUCAAGAGCUUGUAAUCUAUUCAAGCAUAUCAUGAGGUUUGUAUGUUGUUUGUUUCACAAGUUGAUGUCUUAAAAACACUUGCAGUUUAAACACACGUGUAAGAAAGAGAGGUGUAGAGUGUAAUUUUAUCCCUUGUAUUUUGAUUUUUAGACCUUGUUGAGAUCUUAUAAGAAUUUUUGGCAAAUAAAAACA